UUAAUAAUCUAUUCGUACAGAAAUGAUCUCAUUUAAGGUAUCUGCACCGGGAAAGAUUAUUUUGUUCGGUGAACAUGCAGUUAUGUAUGGAAAAACUGCACUAGCAGCUAGUUUGAAUUUACGUACGAAUUUAAUAUUUCAAGAGAUAGAAGAAGUAAAUGAUGUUAUAAAAUUAAAUUUUCAUAAUGUGAACUUGAAGUUGAGCGUGCCCAUUUCAUUAAUAGUAUCAUAUAUUAAUAUUUAUAAAACUUAUUGCUUAGAAAACAAUCGUGAUAAUUUUUCUAAUGAUAUUCAUCGACUCUCAAGCGAUCUAGGUUAUUCUAAUCAAUCACUACAAAAAUUAUCUUUAGAAGCUUUUUUUUAUUUAUUCAUAUACAUAGUUGAAAAAGAAGGAAUUAGUGUAAAACCCGCUGAAAUAACUUUGAGUACAGAGUUAACAAUUGGCUCUGGACUUGGAAGUUCGGCUUCUUUUUCGGUUUGUUUGUCUGCUUGUCUUUUUCAUUGGUCACGUUUGCAGAAAAAUAUCCGUAAAACUUUAGAUGCAAGCGAUUUAGAAAUUAUAACAAAUUAUGCUUUCGAAUGUGAAAAGAUCUUACACGGUACACCAUCCGGAAUUGAUAAUUCCAUUUGCACUUAUGGAUCAAUACUAGAAUUUAGAAAAGGCGAUGGGGUAAGGGUGAUACCCAAUGCGAUGAAAUUGAAAAUUUUAUUAGUUGAUACUAAAGUACAAAGAAGCACUAAAGCGAUGAUAGAUAAAACAACUAAAUUGAAAUUAAUGUUUCCUACUGUUGUUGAUUGCAUCAUGGAUGCUAUAGAUAAUGUAGCGAAAGAAGCAUUAAAAAUUCUUACUGGAGAUGAUACAAAUCAAACAGAUAAUGAUAGCAAAGAGAAUGAAAAAUACAGUCAGUUAAAAACGCUCAUCGACAUUAAUCAACAUUUCUUAGCAGCACUUCAAGUGUCUCAUCCAUUGUUAGAUAAAAUAUGUAUGGAAGCUCAAAAUUAUGAAUUUGGUGCAAAGUUAACAGGUGCCGGUGGUGGAGGAUACGCUUUUAUUUUAUUACCACCUAAUACCCAACCUGAAAUUAUAUCAAAUAUUUCCCAAAAAUUAAUUGCAUAUGGUUGUGGUGUUAUGUCAACAAGUUUAGGUGGUACUGGUGUUACAAUCGAUGAAUAAAAUUUUCUUUGAAAUGAAAA